ACCUUUAAUUCUUCUUGUGACCUCUAUCAAGAAGUUGUUUCCAGGUGUAAAAUGCUCCAUGGCAGGUUUUCUUCUACUCCAUGGCUUUGCAGUCCUCAUCUUCAGACUGUUUUUUUGCAGUUGUUUGAAAGAAUACCUGCUUGCAACUAUCAAAGACAGAUAUUUAAAACAACUGAUGGUGGGACAAUAGCUCUGGAUUGGCUACUGAAUGUGGAUGUUAAAAAACCAUUCAAGGAAGGUUCUGAUGGAGUUCCGAGUGAUGAUAAAACUCCCAUCAUUUUGGUGAUUCCUGGUUUAACAAGCGACUCUAAUUCUGCUUACGUCAAGCAUCUUGCUUUCAAGAUGAAUAAAUCUGGAUGGAAUGUCGUCGUGAGCAAUCAUCGGGGUCUCGGGGGAUUGUCAAUAACUUCUGAUUGCCUAUACAAUGCUGGAUGGACGGAGGAUGUCCGUGAAAUCAUUGGCCAUCUCCACACCCAAUACCCUCAAGCUCCUUUAUUUGCGGUUGGCACUAGCAUUGGUGCUAAUGUUCUGGUAAAAUAUCUCGGUGAGGAAGGAGUUAAUACUGCGAUUGUUGGGGCUGUUGCCAUCUGUUCUCCUUGGGACCUCUUGAUUGGUGACAGGUUUAUUAAGCGCAAGCUUGUGCAGAGACCCUAUGACAGAGCUUUAGGAAUUGGAUUAAAAGAUUAUGUCAUGCUGCAUCGGAGUAUUCUGCCUCGUCUGACAGAUUCGAAAAGCAUUUCUAAGAUAAGUUGUAUCAGAGAUUAUGACAAACAUGUUACUUGUGUUCUUGCCAAUUUUGAGACUGUUGAUACUUAUUACAGGAAAGUUAGCUGUAGUAGUUAUAUAUUAAAUGUGAGGGUCCCCCUCCUCUGCAUUAGUGCCUUGGAUGAUCCAGUCUGUUCAAAGGAAACAAUUCCAUGGGAUGAAUGUCGGGCAAACAAAAAUGUCGUACUGGCUACUACACAGCAUGGGGGACACUUGGGACAUAUUGAAGGGAUGAUGGCAAAAAGCCUCUGGUGGGUUAGGGCCGCCGAUGAAUUCCUUUGUGUUUUGAACUCCAGCUCAUUGAUUCAUAGAGAAAAGAUACAAAAUACCAUAGUGGACAGUCCCCUGAAAUCAAUUGAUCAGGCACCAUAUGUGAGUAUAAGAGAAGACGGUUUAGUGACUGCAUUUAGCAACGAUACAUCAGAUGAAAUAGGAAAUGAGCAACUGGCCAAAGAUGACAAGGCUGGAGAUGGUAUUAGAGUUGACAAUGGCACGGUGCGCCAAGAACCAAAUGCAACGACUCAAUUUGAUCCUGUUCGUGUCCCAAAUAUCAAUGCAGUUAUGGUUCCUGUUAAAAAUUGUCUAAAUCAGCUCUCUCGGUGCAGUAAGAUGUCAAUGUGGGCACUUGCAUGCGUUGCAAUCACUACCGCAUGGCCAAUUCUGGGUUCACUGUUUUUCAAGAGAAAACGGCGCUACAUUUUCUCCUCAUCCUCAGCCAAAAGAUGACGAUGUCAUGUAUGUGACCAUGCCUGCCUAAUUUAUAGUCAUUAUUGUUGUAGAUACAUUUAUCAUACAAAUGCUUGGGGAAGGGUGGGAAUUGCUGAGAUCCAAAGUAGAGUUCUUAAGGCUCUACUAUUUCUUAUUUAGUACUUAGAAAUGAUCAUACCUAAUGAAUAAGAGCUAGUUAUUUGGCUCCUUUUAUGAAAG